CCAGUAAAAAUUUGGCAUAUUAUGGUCUAUGACUCAUCAUGAAGUUGUUUUUUUGGUGCCCCUUUCCAGGUGUUUCUGUCUGCAACUGACCAUGAAGACUGUAGCUCUCGUCCUCGCCCUGGCAGUCCUCACUGGCUGCCACGGCCGUGUGGUGCGCCAGGCCGACGCCACCCCGGACCGCUGGGUGGAGACCGUGGACCGCUUUUGGCAGUACGUCUCCGAUCUGAACCAGAAGGCCGAUGGAGUCCUGCAGACCAUCAAGACUUCGCAGCUCAACCGAGAGCUUGACACGCUGAUCACGGACACCAUGGCCGAGCUGAAGACGUACAAAGACAACGUCCAGGCCAAGCUGAGCCCCUACGCCACCGCCUCCGCCAACCAGCUGAGCACCGACAUGCAGCUGCUGGCCAGCCGGCUUCAGAAGGACAUGCUGGAGGCCAAGGAGCGCAGCGGCACCUACCUGGCCGAGCUCAAGACCAUGGCGGAGACCAACUCGGGCGACGUGCGAGGCCGUGUCAACGCCUAUGUCAACAAGCUGAGGAAGCGCCUCAGCAAGGACACCGAGGACAUCAGCAACAUGGUAACCACCUACCUGGGUGAGUUCCAGUCACGCACCGCCCAGAACCUGGACAGCGUGAGGCAGCAGGUGGAGCCCUUCGUCCAGCAGGCCGGCGACACCGCCUCCCAGAAGAUGUCCGACCUCUCCACCGUGCUGAGGACCCAGGCCAAAGGUCUGGGCCAGCAGCUGGAGAGCCAGGCCGAGGGCCUCAGAACCCAGCUGGAGGCCGCCGCCGAGGAGAUGCGCAUCUCCCUGGAGGGCAAGAUCGACGAGCUGACCAAGCUGUUCGCCCCGCUCACCGAAGAGAUCCGCGAGAAGUUCGACACCAUCGUGGAGUCGGUCAAGGAGACCGCCACGGCUUAAUGGCUGACACUUGGGAGGGGAAGCUGGGCGGCGGUUUGACAGACCUGGGAGGGAGAAGAAGGAAGUUGAGAGUUACUGAGUUCCACCGUCACUUUGUUGCGCUCCGGUGUUCGUCAGUUGAGUUUGUUUGCUUGUAAAUAAACAUUCACCGAGUGGGCCUUAUUUCGAUGCACCAAAAUGCUUUUCGUUUCGAGCCUUUCACUUCAAGUAACACCCCCCACCACCCCUACCCCCGACUGCAGACUCUCAUAGCUGGAUGCGAUAAUAACAAUCAGCCACUAGGUAGCGCUGCCUUGCUUCUUGUAGCUUGUAACCCAUUAAGCGGUCCCAUUGGACGUCACGCUGCUGCUUGCUGUUGCCAGUUAAUAAAGAAGUCAGAAAACACCAAA